AUGUAUGCUGUUGCCGUUGCUAAAUGUACUGAUUUAACAAGUAAUUUAUGGAAUUUACGUGGAAAAACAAUUUGUUCAACAGCUAUGGGUGAUCUUGCUGGUGAAUAUUUUGGUCAAAGUUGUGUACCAGGUUCUCUUGAUUAUGAUUAUAAUAAAUUAAAAAUAAAUGCACGUGCAUUAUGUUUAAGAUGUUAUGCUUAA